GCCAAAAGACCUCUGCUUUCAAUUAUCCAACUUCUAACUUCUGCUUUUGGUCUCCGCAAUCUCCUGCCAGCCCCACCACCACUCCUCUCCCUCAUCUUUUCUUCCUCCCAUAUUUUUCAAACAACCAUUGCUAGCUCUAACAUUACAUUACAGGUUCUUGCAUUUUCCUUCCAAUUGCUUUUGUGAUUGUAAACCCCAUCUUUCUGUCUGGAGAAAAAUGGCUACAAUCACAAGCACUAACCCCAAAUGCAAGGCCUGUGAUAAAACUGUCUAUCUUGUUGAUAAGCUCACCGCCGACAAUAAGGUCUAUCACAAAGCCUGUUUUCGUUGCCAUCAUUGCAAAGGCACCCUCAAGCUUAGCAAUUACAAUUCCUUUGAAGGGGUAUUGUACUGCAGGCCGCAUUUUGAUCAGCUGUUUAAGCUAACUGGCAGCUUAGACAAAAGCUUUGAAGGUACUCCUAAAACAAAACCAGAUAGAACCGUUGAUAGUGAGAAACCUCCUAGCAAAGUCUCUUCCAUGUUUGGUGGAACUAGAGAUAAAUGUGCGGGUUGCUCCAAGACUGCUUAUCCAACUGAAAAGGUGACGGUGAAUGGCAGUGCCUAUCAUAAGAGCUGCUUCAAGUGCUUCCAAGGAGGAUGCACAAUAAGCCCCUCAAACUACAUUGGCCAUGAGGGGCGGCUGUACUGCAAACACCACCAUACUCAACUCAUCAAGGAGAAGGGAAACCUUAGCCAGCUUGAGGGUGACCUGGAGAACUCAACAAAGAUCAGAGAAGUUGCCGCAGAGUCCUAACGACGCUGAAUUUUGUGUCUUCUUCACGUCUCUCUGUCUGUUGUUCAUGCCUUGUAUGUCAGAUAAGAGAGAACAUCCAUUUUCUCUAAGUUUAGAUUAUUGGUUUUCACUCCAAUAGAGACCUAAACCUCCAAAUUUGCUGUUUGUUGUGGUUGUAGAUUUUGGUUAUGAUAUGUUAAGUUGUGUUGUGUUGUAUUGUGAUGCUGUACCAUAUGCAAUAUGCUGAAGCAAUAAUGUGCAAUUUGAAUCCAGUUUUGUAAAAAGUUCAAUCCUUUUUGCAUUACA